AUGGAGGAUGUGGACUAUGAGUAUUUUCAAUAUUUAUACUGGCUAUGCUUCUUUGAAGAAGUUGAAAAAGACGAGAACGGCAUUGCAAGGAAGUGCAGAAUGUCACCCCUUAUUCACGCUAUUGCAAGUUGGGAAGCAGCACCAAUUUUAGUUACGCUAUCUGAGGGACAACAUAAUGGAAUUGAUAGAUGUAAGACGCAGCAUGUCUCAUUUAACUUUCAUUUAGAUUCAUCAUCACAAGUUCCAACUUCAUUGGUUGAUGCAAAAAGAAUUCGCACAAUUCUUUUGAAUAAUCAGAUGCUUUUGGAAACAGAAGGGACACAAAGUCAGUCAAUUUGCGAUAAGAUUGUCUCAAAUUGUAAAUUGUUACGCGUAUUGGAUUUGCAUAAUACAGGGAUCAAAAUGGUGCCGGUUUCCAUUGGUAUGUUGAAACAUCUACGAUAUCUUGAUGUUUCUCAUAAUACAGCCAUUAAAUCAUUGCCAAAUUCAAUUACCAUGCUGCUGCAUUUGACAGUGCUGAAACUCUCCUCCUGUUAUGGACUCCAAGAAUUGCCAAGAGAUAUUCAGAAACUAGUCAGCCUCAGACAUCUUGAGAUUGAUUGGUGCUACAGUUUAACUCAUUUGCCACGUGGACUGGGUCAUCUUACUCAACUUCAGACAUUAUCAGAAUUUGUUCUGAAUAAGGGCAAUCGUGAUUCAUGUUCGAUAAGCGAAUUAGCGGGACUGAACAAUUUGAGAGGAAAGCUCAAAAUUAAAAACUUGGAAAAUGGCAUAUAUAAUUCCAAGGCUGGAAUAUUGAAGGAGAAACAGCAUCUUAGAUCCCUAACACUAGCUUGGGAUUCGGAUGUCCAUAAAGAUACAGCUAAAGAUCAAUUGGAUUGCCUGGAGUCGCCUUCCAAUAUCGAAGAAUUGGCUUUAGUCCGCUAUGAGGGUAUCGAGUUUUCCAAUUGGCUGUCCUUACUCAACAACUUGCAGCAGCAGCAUUUUUUUCCAUCACUGGAAGAACUUAGGCUUACAGAAUUGCCUAAACUUGAGGGAUGGUGGGGAGGUGAUAAUUCUUUGGUAACUGCAUCAUCAUUGCCAUCAUUUCCUCGCCUUUCUAAAUUGAUGAUUGAAGAUUGCCCCAAGUUGAGUUCCAUGCCUCUUUACACUCAUUUAACAGAGUGGCUAGUGUUGGAUAAUACUAGUUUGGAGACAUUCCAACAAACAAUGAAUACAUCCAGGUCAUCACAAGUACCCUCAGAGACAAACAAAGAAUGGUCAGCAGCAUCAACUUUCUCUGCAGUUUUUGCUUCAUCUUCCCACUCCAGAUUGCAAAGUCUGUGUAUUAUUGGGAUUAAGAAGCUUGACAUUACCUAUAGUGAUAAGAUUAGGUGGGAAGGCCUUAGAAAUCUACGCUUUCUGAGAUUUGAUUAUCUACCAAAGCUAAAAAAGCUCCCCGAAGGUCUUCAGCAAGUUACCACCCUCCGGGAACUCCAUAUCUGGCGCUGUAAUAUGGAGACUCUUCCAGAAUGGAUAGGGAAGUUCAAGUUGCUUACAGUACUUGGAAUUUUAGUGUGCCCUUACUUGAAUUCACUACCUGAAGCAAUAAAAAGCCUCUCCUCUUUAAUAACAUUGGAGAUUGUGGAUUGUCCAAUCUUAUUGGAAAGAUGCAAAAGCAAAACUGGUGCAGAUUGGCAUAAGAUUGUACACAUUCUAGAUCUGUUACUCCAGCGACCUCAAUCUUCUUUCUCAUCUUCAAGUAGUCGAAAUUAG